AAGUACGUGCCACAAAGAGACUAGGAAAAGAAAACUUUACAAGCACAAGAAAGGCUUCUUCACACACCAACUAAAGAUGCUAGCACCAGAAGCAUGGCCGGAAGACUCAGAUUUUCACAACUGCAUCAUCGGAGACAGUGACCUCGGCCCCUUCCUGCCGCCGAUGCACAGCCUUUGUAGCUCAUCCGAGACUUCUAAAGGUACCGCCGCUUCUAAUAAUCACAAAGAAGCUGAGAAACGCCGCAGGCAAAGAAUCAAUUCUCAUCUCGACACUCUCCGCACUCUCCUCCCAGCCUGCAACUCCAAAACAGACAAAGCGUCACUGCUGGCAAAAGUGGUUCAACAAGUGAGAGAGCUGAAACAACAGUCUUCACAUGUAAUGCAGCUCGAAUCCUCAUUCCCUUCCGACACAGAUGAUGUCAUCGUAGUUGCUGAUUUUUUCUACAGCAACAAUCAUCAAUCGCUGGUGAUAAAGGCCUCUUUCUGCUGCGAUGACCGGGCCGAUCUCAUCGCCGACCUAAUCCAAACCCUAAAAUCGUUGCGGUUGAGUCCGCUGAAGGCUGAAAUGGUCACGUUCGGUGGCCGCACAAGAAAUGUGUUGAUUCUUGCUACAGAUAAAAUUGAUGAGACGAAUGAGGUGGUUGAGUUUCUGAAAGAAGAGCUGAGAUCGUUAGUUCAUCGCUCGAGUUCUCAUUUUGGGGAUAGAUUCAAGAGGCAACGUAGGUUAAUUAAUUAGAGCAUGCACUAGUGUACGUGCUUUAUUUUCGUCAUUUUUGCAUAUAUUGUUAGGAAAAACUGCUGUUAAUUAGCAACUUCUAUUUGGUUUAAUGAAUUGAUUAUAAUUGUGAUCAAAA